AGAUUCGAGUCUCUUUAUUUUUGGUAAAAAAAAUUAAAAUUUUUAUUUUUUUAUAAUGGGCCAGGGUCCACAAGCAGACCCAACCCAACAACAAACAAUAAAAAAAGAAGCGAAAUGGACUUCAGGCCCAAUUAACUGGACCAAAACCCUGAAAAGAAUGAAGUUGCGGCAAUUUCUAGAAAGAUGACACGUAACAGUAGCGGUUACUGGAAGCCAAACACGUGUGGCGUUGUGAAACUUUGUAAACCGCCAUGAACGUAACAAAUCGAUGAUUAUUGUUGUUUGGGUUUCUCUGUUUCCAGUUUGGAAAGAUGCAAAGAAGAAUAGUGGAAAAGAGCGGGCAGGUGAUGAGGCUGAGAGUUAGAAAGAAGAGGAAAAGUGGGAGCGGAAGAAAAGCGGCGGUUCUGAAGAAGUUGGCGACAUACCUGCAGUGCGAUACUUUCAUGUACGCUCCCCUGGUAUCAGAUUUUCCCGACCCUGCUCUCCCUCUCUUUCCUUCCCCUGCUAAAGUGGUUGAACUCAAAAAACCAAGGAAAGAGAAGCAGCGUUUUGUAGACCAACUUUUAGAAUACCUGAAAUCCGAUGUCUAUAUGUAUGCUCCCCUCCUUCGUUCAUCUUCAGGUUCAUCACAGCACUCACCAACAAGGUUCACAAGCGGAAAUGUGAAUCCUCAAACAGAUCUCUCUCAACACCAUCAUACUUGGGUGCAAAAUGAAACUGUAAAGCACACUGUGUAUCAAAUGCGUCGCUCCGUUUCUGCCUUAAGAAAUGUAUCUGUCAAGUCGCAGCUGAGAACUCAUAGUUGAUUGAAACUUUUGGACAUAUAAACACCUAUAUCUAUAUUAUAUGGACACUUCUUUUAGGUGUACAUACAUGUAAUGAAUGUAAUCUAGAAUUUUACUAGUAACCGUCCUUUUUUUUUUUAUGGGAAAAAGAUAAUGCCAUUGUUUGUAUUGUAACUUCAUUUUAUCAACUUUUCAUGUAAUGUUGGACUUGUUUUAACUUUUAACUACUUAUCUGGUAAUUGUAAGCAUGGGGUUGGAGUGUAAAUAUGAAGAUCGCUUGUUUCUUUUUAA